AAACACCAAAAAAUUUAACCAUGGCCACAAGUUGUUCCUACAUGGUUUCUACCAAAUUAUCCAUAGCAGGUUGGACAGGAGGAAGAAGAAAAGAACUAAGAAAGAGAACACCAUUUUUGAUAUCAGCUCAACAACAAUCUGAUGUUAAAGAAUCAGAUAAUGUGAAGGUAGAAGACGAGAAUGAAAGACCACAAAAUCAACAAAUGAAUCCAAAAGGAACAAAACCAAGACCAGUUGAACCUCAGGUGAUUGUAAAAAACAAAGGCAUGAGUAGGGAAUAUGGAGGACAGUGGUUGAGCUGUGCUACAAGACAUGUUAGGAUCUAUGCAGCUUAUAUUGAUCCAGAAACAAGUACUUUUGAUCAAUCACAAAUGGAUAAACUCACUCUUAUUCUUGAUCCUACUAAUGAGUUUGUGUGGAAUCCAGAUACUUGUAACUUGGUUUAUUCUUAUUUUCAGGAGCUUGUGGAUCAUUACGAGGGUGCUCCAUUGAAUGAAUACACACUUCGGUUGAUUGGUUCAGACAUAGAGCAUUAUAUAAGAAAGUUGUUAUAUGAUGGAGUAAUCAAGUAUAAUAUGAAUGCAAGAGUUCUGAAUUUCAGCAUGGGAAAGCCACGGAUCAUGUUCAAUAACAAUGAUAUCCAACCUGAAGAUGCUGCUACUUCCACUUGAGAAAUCAUCUGUGUAACAUACAAUACCAUGAAAAGUGAGCAUAUAUAUCAUUGAUGUUUUUGUGUAUGGUCAGAUAUAUUACUACAAUUACUAGUUCUUUGAUUUGUAAAUUAUAAAAGUAGAAAUAAAAAUAUCUCGUCCAAGUCAGAUAUUUUUUUAUUA